UGUCACCCGGCUCAGACUCAUCCCCUGCCCUUCCCCUCGUGGGGUUUGCACCGGAAAAAUUCAGACCAAAGUGGAUAAAAUUCCUUGAAGAACUGUAGCCGUGAAAGCCAAACACCCGGCUAGGUAUCCCAAACGAAAACCCUCUCUCUCUCUCUCUCUCUCUCUCUCUCUCUCUCUCCAGAGUUGCAACAGUGGUGACAUGGGUUUGCCGUGUGGUUUUGGAGCGUCAACUCUCCAAACCCUGAAACUUGUAGCUAUUCCAUCUUCUUUCUCCAUGCUCAGACCCUGUAUCUCCAAAACCCUUUCCCUACAUUCCUAUCAUCACUUUCAGAGGUCUUCACUUCCUUUCCUCUCAAGAGCUCUUUCAGCCACAGCACUUCAGUCUACAUCCAUUGCCAACGAAGACGAAAAGGGUAUCUCUUUCUCUCCACUUGUUAAGCCUCAGUGGAGAGCUGCAAUAGACUUCAAAUGGAUUCGUGACAACAAAGACUCUGUCGCUGCCAAUAUUAAGAACAGGAACUCCAAUGCUGAUUUGGAGCUAGUGCUUGAGCUCUAUGAGAGAUUGUCAAAUCUCCAGAAGGAAGUUGAACGGCUUCGUGGGGAAAGAAAUGUGGUUGCAAACAAGAUGAAAGGAAAACUAGAACGAUCUGAACGCCAAAGGCUUAUAGAAGAAGGAAAGAAUCUUAAGGAAGGACUUGCAGCUCUAGAAGAAGACCUUGUCGAGCUCACUGAUAAGCUUCAACAAGAAGCACAAAGCAUACCAAAUAUGACUCAUCCAGAUGUUCCUAUUGGAGGGGAGGAUUGCUCAGUACUCAGAAGGAUGGUUGGUAGUCCACGUGAGUUCAGCUUCCCUGUCAAAGAUCACCUGCAACUUGGAAAAGGACUAGAUCUCUUUGAUUUUGAUGCAGCUGCAGAGGUAAGUGGAUCAAAAUUCUACUACCUAAAAAAUGAGGCAGUUAUGCUAGAGAUGGCACUUAUCAAUUGGACUCUAUCAGAAGUUACAAAAAGGGGUUAUACACCUCUAACCACCCCUGAGAUUGUUAGGUCGUCUGUCAUUGAGAAAUGUGGUUUCCAACCUCGUGGAGCAAACACUCAGGUUUAUUCCAUUGAGGGUAGUGAUCAAUGCCUCAUUGGGACUGCAGAGAUUCCUGUAGGGGGAAUUCAUAUGGAUUCCAUUCUAGCUAGUUCAACGUUGCCUUUGAAGUACGUUGCUUACUCCCAUUGCUUCCGUACUGAGGCUGGUGCUGCAGGCACUGCAACAAGGGGCCUUUAUCGAGUCCAUCAGUUCAGCAAGGUGGAAAUGUUCAUUUUGUGCCGACCAGAGGAUAGUGAUACCUACCAUGAGGAGUUAAUUGGAAUUGAGGAAGAUCUCUUUUCAUCUCUAGGGCUUCAUUUCAGAACUUUGGAUAUGGCAUCUGGUGACUUGGGUGCACCUGCUUACCGUAAAUUUGAUGUAGAAGCAUGGAUGCCGGGUCUAGAACGUUAUGGUGAGAUAUCAAGUGCUUCAAAUUGUACUGACUAUCAAAGCAGGCGGUUGGGCAUCCGGUUCCGCCCUUCAUCUGAAAUAUCAACUGGUCCUAAAAAGGGAAAAACCAACAUUCCAACACAGUUUGUGCACACCCUUAAUGCAACAGCAUGUGCAGUCCCUAGGAUGGUCAUCUGUCUGUUAGAGAAUUUCCAGAAAGAAGAUGGAUCUGUUAUUAUUCCUGAGCCAUUAAUACCAUUCAUGGGUGGGCUUGAUCUGAUUAGACCUAAGUCAAAAUGAGAAGGAUGAUAAUUAUAUUUAUAUUCAAAUUUUGGACUUGAUCUGUUGACUUGAUAUCCAGAACUUGGUAAGGCCGUGCCUUCAACUGCAAAAGAGAAAGGGGAGAAACUGGAAGAAAGAAAAUUUAGCGUACAGGAUUUAUUUGAGGAAGUUUCCAGCUUCAAGCCUUCAACUAGUGGAAACAGAGGUUUUGAUUUCCUUCAUUUAGAUUUAUUCAUUAUGAAAAAUAUGGGCUUUCUGUAUGCUCCAUGAAAAAUAUGGGUUUUGAAGUUUCCUUGAUCCCAUAAUUUAAUUGAAAAGGAAAACUGGUUAUGGCCAUUACAAGACCCAAUACAAUCACUUCAAAACUAUAACAAAAAAUCAUAAGACUUAAGACAGAUAAUUUUAAUUACUUGUUUGAUACACCGUAAUCUGUACAUCUGUUAUCUGUUACCGGUAUGGCAUUUUUUUUUGGUCA